UUGGACUCUUCCAUCUCAAAAAAAUCUGACAGUUGGGGAAGAGUUCUUCAUGUCAGGGACUGCUGUAGCCUCGGCGCACACAGGACCAAAGCUCCUGGAUCACCUAAGAUAAGCCGAUGGAUGAGAAAGAGCUGAGUGAUCCAUUGAACAACGCGUCAUUGAUUAAAGAUGACCUAACCAGAUCAAACAUGGGCUCCUCUGGUGACGCAGAAAAGAUGAUUCAGCGUUUGAAUGAUGAACUCCGAGAGGCUCGGGAACUAGCUAAUACAGAAAAACAGAAACGCACUGAGCUGCAAGGAGUUCUGGAGGAGGAGAGGAAAGGAAAUCAAAAACAAGCUGCUGAAUCAGCUAAACAAAUAAAAAACCUUCAAGGCCAGCUGCAGCAUCUCCAAGAUGAGCUGGGCACGCUCAGAGAGCAGAUGGACGCCUCCUCCAGUUCACGUGACGAGCUGGAAAGUGCACGAGACGAGGUGAAGUCUCUGAAACUUGCCCUGGAGGCAGCUGCCGCCGAGCGGGACCGUGACGUCGGUGCUGUCCAGUCCAACCUGGCAACUGUCUCAAAGGAUCUGGAAAAGUGGCGUCAGACGGCCAGCAAGUACGAGCACGAGAUUGACAACCUGCAGCGGGACCUGGAGCUGCAGAGCAAGCAGUGGCAGAAAACAGCAGAAAUACAAGCCAGUGAGCUGCAGUCUCUGCAGGUGGAGUGUAAUGGUCUUCAGAAAGAAUGUUCCGCCCUUCGGUCUGAGAAACAGGAAGUGGUGAAUAAGCAGCAGAAAGAAAAGAGCAGUCUGCAGAGUGAAUGUGCCUCUCUGAGGGCAGAGAAUGAGGAACUCCACAAGAGUCACCAGAAAGAGAAGGCCAGUGUGCAGAUUGAGUGUGAGGCACUACGCAGUGAGAAAGAGGCAGUGCUUCAGAAACAGCAGCAGCUGGAGAAGGACCUGAUCAGCUUGCGGGGUCAGAAUGCUGAGCUAACCAGUAGCAUCAGAGCGCAGGAGCAAUCCCAGCAGGAUCUGGAGAAGAAUCUGAAGGUCUUACAGCUCCAGCACCAGCAGGACAACACCAAGCUGCAAACCCAGCUGGACGAAGCUGAGAGCCGCAGACGGACUCUGCAAAGAGAGUAUGAAGAGGCUCAAACUGAGCUGUCAGAUCUGAGAGAGAAAUACAAGAAGACUGAGCAGGAAAAGCAGCUGCUAACAGAUCAGCUGGAGGAGAGCAAGGUCGGCAUGAAGGAGCUGCAGGAGAAAGGGUCAAAGACUUUCCUAUUGCUGCCUGUUCAAGCCAUAGUCAUCGGCCUUAUCCUGGCUUUGCUGUUUUGGUGCUUCGGCGCAUUGUGGUAGUAAGAAACCGUGGAUGAUCUGGGGACCGGUGGCUGCUGUGGCUCUAACAGCUCUGACCGCUGCUGUACUCUUCAGGACCUGAAAGCAACUUUAAAAUUGCACACACACACACACACACACAACUUUGUCAUCAAAACUUGCCCUCCUAUCAUAUCAGCACUAUUAAUUAGGUCGGCUCUUAUUUACUUGUUUAAUUCUUAAGAAGCUCUAUUUUAGAAGGAAGAGAUGUUGAUAAAGGAAGGCCAGUAUUGUGCGUACAUCAGUAAGUUUGCCGGUUUUAACAGGAGCUUAGGUGGAUGGUGUUUUAGGAUUACAUGAAUGUUAAAAAUCUCACCACUGAACUAAUUUUAUUUCAAUACCUGUAAGUAAGAAUAUUUUAGAUGGAUCACUUCAACAUAUCUUUGUAAUUGUCGUAAUAAUAAAAGUCAUAAUAGCGAGUGCAUGGAGAAUGUGGGAUGAGGACAGCAGAUUGUUGUGACGGAGUCCGCUAACGUUGUCCAGAGUGAAUAUUUGUGAGAAUUAAACGAGUUUCAGAGUUUAGAUCUGCAUUAUCUGAUUUUAGUUUGCUUUUGAAAAAAGCGCCAUUAAACAAACUGCAUCAACUU